AUGAGACAUCUAUAUCACAGAUAUUCUGUUGUGACGGUAUUCGCAGACGACAGUGAUGCACCUCAGAAUGCACGUAUAACGUAUUGGUUGGCUGAAGACUCAUCUGCUGGAUCACUGCAUAAAAAGGAUAAGAGUUUCUUUCGGAUAAUGAACGAAAACACUGGUGAAAUCACAUUGGUGAAUCAGAUUCCACCUUUCGUAAGUUGUUGCCUUCCUCUUGGAUUAUUUCAAUAA